CCCUGCCCUGUCUUGAGAACUCCCCUCCCAAGGUCAGGAACAGAGCAGGUGCAGAGGCACUGCAGUCUCCUGUUGCCCAGCCUCCUGAGUGAUGCCAGCCCAAUGGUUCCUAAUCUCCAGACUGGCCCUCUUGGUACUGCUGGGCACAGUCAGAGCAGGCCCUUUCUCUCCACGGUCCAAUGUGACACUCCCAGCCCCACGUCCUCCUCCCCAGCCGGGGGGCCACACAGUGGAGCCAAUAGGGGGAAGCCCCUCUUCUCAGCUUUAUGAGCACACUGUGGAAGGAGGGGAGAAGCAGGUAGUUUUUACCCACCGCAUCAACCUGCCCCCUUCAGCUGGCUGUGGUUGUCCCCCGGGCACGGAGCCCCCCAUUCCUGCCUCAGAGGUGCAGGCCUUGAAGGUCCGGUUAGAGAUCCUGGAGGAGCUGGUGAAGGGGCUGAAGGAACAGUGCACUGGGGGAUGUUGUCCUGCUGCUGCCCAGGCUGGCACAGGCCAGACGGAUGUUCGUAGCCUCUGCAGUCUCCAUGGCGUGUUUGACCUGAGCCGCUGUGCCUGCUCCUGCGAGCCAGGCUGGGGUGGGCCCACCUGCUCAGACCCCACAGGCGCUGGGGUGCCCCCAUCCUCCCCACCCUCAGCCUCCAGGGCCUGCCCAGAUGACUGCAACGAUCAGGGUCGCUGUGUCCGUGGGCGCUGCGUGUGCUUCCCUGGUUACAGCGGCCCCAGCUGUGGCUGGCCCUCCUGCCCCGGGGACUGCAACGGCCGUGGGCGCUGCGUGCAGGGCGUGUGCGUGUGCCGGGCGGGCUUCUCCGGCGACGACUGCAGCCAGCGCUCCUGCCCCCGGGGCUGCAGCCAGAGGGGGCGCUGCGAGGACGGGCGCUGCGUGUGCGACCCGGGCUACGCGGGCGACGACUGCGGGGUGAGGAGCUGCCCUAGAGGUUGCAGCCAGAGGGGGCGCUGCGAGAACGGGCGCUGCGCGUGCGACCCCGGCUACGCGGGAGACGACUGCGGGGUGAGGAGCUGCCCCCGGGGCUGCAGCCAGAGGGGGCGCUGCGAGGACGGGCGCUGCGUGUGCGACCCCGGCUACACGGGCGACGACUGCGGCUCGCGGAGCUGCCGGUGGGACUGUGGCGAGGGCGGGCGCUGCGUGGACGGCCGUUGCGUGUGCUGGCCCGGGUACGCGGGCGACGACUGCAGCACCCGCACGUGCCCGCGAGACUGCCGGGGCCGCGGGCGCUGCGAGGACGGCGAGUGUAUCUGCGACGCAGGCUACAGCGGGGACGAUUGCGGAGUGCGCAGCUGCCCAGGCAACUGCAACCAGAGGGGCCGCUGUGAGGACGGGCGCUGCGUGUGCUGGCCCGGGUACACGGGGCCCGACUGCGGCUCGCGCGCCUGCCCCCGCGACUGUCGGGGCCGCGGGCGCUGCGAGAACGGCGUGUGCGUGUGCAACGCGGGCUACAGCGGCGAGGACUGCGGCGUGCGCAGCUGCCCCGGGGACUGUCGCGGCCGGGGCCGUUGCGAGAGUGGUCGCUGCGUGUGUUGGCCCGGGUACACAGGCCGGGACUGCGGCACGCGCGCCUGCCCUGGCGACUGUCGUGGGCGCGGGCGCUGCGUGGACGGCCGCUGCGUGUGCAACCCCGGCUUCGCGGGUGAGGACUGCGGGAGCCGUCGGUGCCCUGGGGACUGCCGCGGGCGCGGGCGCUGCGAGGAUGGCGUCUGCGUGUGCAACGCGGGCUACGAGGGAGAGGACUGUGGCGCGCGCAGCUGCCCGGGAGGUUGCCACGGGCGCGGCCAAUGCUGGGACGGGCGCUGCGUGUGUGACGAUGGCUACUCGGGCGAGGACUGCAGCGCAAGGCGGUGCCCGCUAGACUGCAGCCAGCACGGCGUGUGCCAGGACGGCGUGUGCACCUGCUGGGAGGGCUACGCAGGCGAGGACUGCGGCCUCCGUACCUGCCCCUCCAACUGCCACCAGCGCGGCCGCUGUGAGGGUGGGCGCUGCGUGUGCGACUCAGGCUACACCGGCCCCUCCUGCGCCACCCGCACCUGCCCGGCCGACUGCCGCGGGCGCGGGCGCUGUGUGCACGGCGUGUGCGUGUGCCACGUGGGCUAUGGCGGCGAGGACUGUGGGCGGGAAGAGCCUCCCGCCAGUGCCUGCCCUGGCGGCUGUGGGCCCCGGGAACUGUGCCGCGCGGGCCAGUGUGUAUGCGUGGAGGGCUUUCGAGGACCCGACUGCGCCACUCAGAUGUGCCCUGGGGACUGCCGUGGCAGGGGAGAGUGUCGUGAGGGCAGCUGCGUCUGUCAAGAUGGUUAUGCAGGGGAAGACUGCGGGGAAGAGGUGCCAGCCAUUGAGAGCAUGAGGAUGCACCUCUUGGAGGAGACAACGGUUCGGACAGAGUGGACCCGGGCUCCUGGCACGGUGGAUGCCUAUGAAAUUCAGUUCAUUCCCACGACAGAGGGGGUGAGCCCCCCAUUCACAGCACGGGUACCCAGCUCUGCCUCAGCCUAUGACCAGAGAGGACUGGCGCCUGGGCAGGAGUACCAGGUCACGGUCCGCGCCCUUCGAGGGACUAGCUGGGGCCCUUCUGCCUCCAAGACCAUCACCACCAUGAUCGAUGGCCCACAAGACCUCCGAGUGGCGGCUGUGACACCAACCACACUGGAGCUCAGCUGGCUGCGACCCCAGGCUGAGGUGGACCAGUUCGUGGUGUCCUAUGUCAGCGCCGGCAACCAGAGGGUGCGGCUGGAGGUGCCCUCUGAGGCGGACAGGACGGUGCUGACCGACCUGAUGCCAGGCGUGGAAUAUGUAGUGACCGUCACGGCAGAGUGGGGCCGGGCAGUAAGCUACCCGGCUUCUGUCAGGGCCAACACAGGGUCCUCUCCCUCGGGCCUCUUGGGGGCCACUGAUGAGCCUCCUCCCUCAGGCCCUUCCACAACUCAAGGGGCCCGGGCCCCCGAACUGCAGCAGCGCCCCCAGGAGCUGGGAGAGUUGAGGGUGUUGGGCAGAGACAAGACAGGGAAGCUCCGCGUCGCUUGGACAGCUCAGCCCGACACGUUUGCCCACUUCCAGCUGCGCCUUCGGGUGCCCGAGGGGCCGGGAGCGCACGAGGAACUCCUGCCAGGGGACGUCCGCCAGGCUCUGGUGCCCUCACCCCUUCCUGGAGCCCCCUAUGAGCUGUCACUCCGUGGGGUCCCCCCGGAGGGCGUGCCCUCUGCCCCUCUCAUCUACCAAGGCAUUAUGGACAAGGAUGGGGCGAAGCUUGGGAAGCCCUUGGCCCCGCCACGCCUGGGCCAGCUGAUAGUCACUGACAUGACGUCCAACUCCCUGCUCCUGCACUGGACGGUCCCCGAGGGUGAAUUCGACUCCUUCGUGAUCCAGUACAAGGACAGGGAUGGGCCCCAGGUGGUACCUGUGGAAGGAUCCCAGCGCUCAGCCCUCAUCACCAACCUGGACCUUGGCCGCAAGUACAAAUUCCUGCUAUAUGGGCUCCUGGGCAAGAAGAGGCAUGGCCCCCUGGUGGCUGAAGCCAAGAUCCUGCCUCAGAGUGAUCCCAGCCCAGCGACUCCACCCCGCCUCGGAAAGCUGUGGGUGACAGAUCCCACCCCAGACUCACUGCACCUCUCCUGGACUGUCCCUGAGGGCCAGUUUGACUCCUUUGUAGUCCAAUAUAGGAACGGGGAUGGACAGCCCCAAGCGAUGCCCGUGGAAGGGCCCGAGCGCUCGGUCAUUGUCUCCUCGCUGGAGCCUAACCACGAGUACAGAUUCACUCUGUUCGGGAUUGCCAACAAGAAGCGGCAUGGCCCCCUCACAGCCGAUGGCACCACUGCCUCAGAGCAGACAGCGGAGUCCCUCCACCCAGAGGCCACAGUGCAGCCCCUGCUGGGGAAGCUGUGGGUGACUCAGGCAAACCCAGACUCCCUGCGCCUGUCCUGGACCGUGACCCAGGGCUCCUUCGACUCCUUCGUGGUCCAGUACAAGGAUGCGCAGGGCCAGCCCCAGGCGGUGCCCAUCAGGGGGGAUGAGAACGAGGUCACCAUCCCGGGCCUGGAGUCCCACCGGAAGUAUAAGAUGAACCUCUAUGGGCUUCAUGGCAGGCAGCGUGUGGGACCUGUGUCCGUGGUGGCCACCACCGCCCCCCAGGACCUUGUGGAGGAGACGCCCAGCCCCACAGAACCCAGCACGGAGGCCCCAGAGCCCCCCGAGGAGCCCCUCCUGGGGGAGCUGACGGUCACAGGAUCCUCCCCAGACUCGCUGAGCCUCUCCUGGACCAUCCCCCAGGGCCACUUCGACUCCUUCACUGUCCAGUACAAGGACGGGGACGGGCGGCCCCAGGUGGUGCGUGUCAGAGGUGACGAGAGUGAGGUCACCAUCGGGGGCCUGGAGCCGGGGCGCAAGUACAAGAUGCACCUGUAUGGCCUGCACAGGGGACAGCGCGAGGGCCCCGUGUCCACCGUGGGCGUGACCGCUCCACAACCAGAAGAGACUCCAGCCAUAGAGCCGCCCCUAGAGCCACGCCUGGGAGAGCUGACAGUGACAGAUGUGACCCCCAACUCCAUGGGCCUCGCAUGGACGGUCCCUGAGGGUGAAUUCGACUCCUUUGUGGUCCAGUACAAAGACAGGGGCGGGCAGCCCCAGGUGGUCCCUGUGGAGGGCAGCCUCAGGGAGGUCACCAUCCCCAGCCUGGAGCCUGCGUGCAAAUACAAGAUGAACUUCUACGGGCUACAUGAUGGGCAGCGCGUGGGCCCCCUCUCUGUGGUAGCUGUGACUGCUCCCCUCCCCCCAGCCCCAGGCACAGAAUCCCCCGAGGAGCCACGGCUGGGGGAGCUGACAGCGGUGGACCUGAGCCCGGACUCCGUGACCCUCUCAUGGACGGUUCCCGAGGGUGAAUUCGACUCCUUCGUGGUCCAGUACAAGGACAGGGACGGGCAGCCCCGGGUGGUGCCUGUGGCUGCGGACCAGCGCGAGGUCACCGUGUCCGGCCUGGAGCCCAGCAGGAAGUACAGGUUCCUGCUCUACGGACUUCAGGAUGAGAAGAGACGCAGCCCAGUCUCUGUGGAGGCAAAGACAGCUGCCCAAGGUGACGCCAGCCUCGGGGCCCCACCCCGCCUUGGGGAGAUGUGGGUGACAGAUCCCACCCUGGACUCUCUGCGCCUCUCCUGGACAGUCUCUGAGGGCCACUUUGACUCCUUUGUGGUCCAGUUCAAGGACAAGGAUGGGCCCCGGGUGGUGCCCGUGGAGGGCCACGAGCGCUCGGUCACCAUCACCCCUCUGGACACUGGCCGCAAGUACAGAUUCCUCCUUUAUGGGCUCCUGGGCAAGAAGCGCCACGGCCCCCUCACUGCUGAAGGCACCACAGAGCCCUGGAGUGGUGUGGACGAUGCUAGAACAAAGCACCCCCCAAAGCCCCAUCUUGGGGAGGAGCUACAGGUGACCAGCGUGACACCAGACUCUGUGAGCCUCGCGUGGACGGUCCCUGAGGGCCAGUUUGACUCCUUCGUGGUCCAGUACAAAGACAGGGCCGGGCAGCCCCAGGUGGUCCCGGUGGAGGGCGGCCUCAGGGAGGUCAGCGUCUCGGGCCUGGACCCAGCCCGCAGGUACAAGCUGCUGCUGUACGGGCUGCACCAGGGCAAGCGCGUGGGCCCCAUCUCCGCCGUCGCCUUGACUGCCCCCAGGGUACAUAUCAAAGCCGAGGCCCCAAGUCCUCCAGGGCCUGAGCCCCGCCUAGGGGAGAUGACUGUGGAGAAAGCCACACCAGACACCUUGCAUCUCUCCUGGACCAAGACUGAGGGCGAUUUUGACUCCUUCGAGGUCCACUACACAGACCGAGAUGGGCAACCCCAAGUAGUCAGGAUAGAUGGUGACCGGAAUGACGUCAUCCUCUCUGGCCUGGAAUCUGAGCACAGAUACCUAGUGAACCUGUACGGUUUCCAUGGCCAGCAGCGAGUGGGUCCUGUCCACAUCGAGGCACUGACAGUCCCAAGGGAAGAGGAGGAUGGACCUUCAGAGCCUCCCACCAAGCCCCGCCUAGGGGAGCUGACCGUGACCGACGCCACUCCUGACUCCCUGCACCUCUCCUGGACUGUCCCCGAGGGUCAGUUUGACCCCUCCCUGCCCGCAGAGCGCCCUGUGGCACCCCGCCUGGGGGAGCUGGCUGUGGCAGCCGUGGCCUCCGACACAGUGAGCCUGUCGUGGAUGGUGGCCCAGGGCUCCUUCGACUCCUUCCUGGUCCAGUACAAGGAUGUGCAGGGCCAGCCCCAGGCGGUGCCUGUGGGUGGGCACCUCCGUGAGAUCAGCAUUUCGGGCCUGGACCCGGCCCGCAAGUACAAGUUCCUACUCUUCGGCCUCCGGGAUGAGAAACGCCACGUCUCAGACACGAAACCUCCCCACCUCGGGGAGCUGACAGUGACGGACCUGAGCCCGGACUCCGUGACCCUCUCAUGGGCGGUCCCCGAGGGUGAAUUCGACUCCUUCGUGGUCCAGUACAAGGACAGGGACGGGCAGCCCCGGGUGGUGCCUGUGGCCGCGGACCAGCGCGAGGUCACCGUGUCUGGCCUGGAGCCCAGCAGGAAGUACAGGUUCCUGCUCUACGGACUUCAGGAUGGGAAGAGACGCAGCCCAGUCUCUGUGGAGGCAAAGACGGCCCCCCUGGAGCACCCACCCCUCCUUGGGGAGCUGACAGUGACAGAUGAGACCCCAGACUCCCUGCGCCUCUCAUGGACGGUGGCCCAGGGCCUCUUUGAUUCCUUUGUGGUCCAGUACAGAGACCCAGCUGGGCAGCCCCGGGCAGUGCCUGUGGCCAAAGACCAGCGGGAAGUCACCAUAGAGGGCCUGGAGCCUGGCAGGAAAUACAAGUUUCUGCUAUAUGGGAUCCACGGAGGACAGCGCCUGGGCCCCAUCUCCGUCCUGGGAGUGACAGCCCCCUGGCGCCCAGCCACAGAGGCCCCCAAGCCCCCCACAGGGCCCCAGCUAAGGACACUGGCAGUGAGCGACAUAACCCCAGACUCCCUGUGCCUCUCAUGGAGUGUGGCCCAGGGCCCCUUUGAGUCCUUCGUGGUCCAGUAUCAGGACACAGAUGGGCAGCCCCAGGCCUUGCUCGUGGGCGGCAAGCAGAACACGGUGCAAGUGUCGGGCCUGGAGCCCCGCACCGCCUACAAGUUCUUCCUCUACGGCCUCCACGAAGGGAAGCACCUGGGGCCUGUCUCGGCCGAGGGCACCACAGGGCCUGCUCCUGCCGGCCUCACCCCAGGGGAGCCAGGGCCCCGCCUGUCCCAGCUGUUGGUGACCGACGUGACCACCAGUUCGCUGCGGCUCAACUGGGAGGCCCCGUCGGAGGCCUUUGACUCCUUCCUGCUCCGCUUCGGGGUCCCAUCCCCAAGCACCCUGGAGCCGCACCUGCGUCCCCUGCAGCAGCGGGAGCUGACAGUGCCGGGGUCGCGGCGCUCCGCCGUGCUCCGGGACCUGCACCCGGGGACCCUGUACAGCCUGACGUUGUAUGGGCUGCGUGGGCCCCAUAAGGCCGACAGCAUCCAGGGCACGGCCCGCACCCUCAGCCCAGUUCUGGAAAGCCCCCGUGACCUUCAGUUCAGCGAAAUCGGGGAAACCUCGGCUCAGGUCAGCUGGAUGCCUCCAGCAUCCAGAGUGGACAGUUUCAAAGUUUCCUACCAGCUGGCAGAUGGAGGCGAGCCGCAGAGUGUGCAGGUGGAUGGCCGCGCACAGACCCAGAAACUCAAGGGGCUGAGCCCAGGCUCUCACUAUGAGGUGACCGUGGUCUCUGUCCGUGGCUUUGAGGAGAGCGAGCCUCUCACCGGCUUCCUCACCACAGUUCCUGACGGCCCCACUCAGCUUCGAGCGCUAAACUUGACGGAGGGAUCGGCUCUGCUGCACUGGAAACCCCCGCCGGCCCCUGUGGACAAGUAUAACCUCCGUGUCACAGCCUCAGGGGCCCCCUCACUGCAGGCCUCAGCCCCGGGCAGUGCGGUGGAGUACCCUCUGAGUGGCCUGGAGCUGCACACCAACUACACAGCGACCGUGCGUGGUCUUCGGGGCCCCAACGUCACCUCCCCAGCCAGCAUCACCUUCACCACAGGGUUGGAGGCCCCCCAGGACCUGGAGGCCAAGGAAGUGACCCCCCGCACAGCCCUGCUCAUUUGGACUGAGCCCCAAGUCCCUCCAACCAGCUACCUGCUCAGUUUCAACACCCCUGAUGAACAGACCCAGGAGAUCCUGCUCCCAGGAGGGGUCACCUCUCACCAGCUCCUGGGCCUCUUCCCCUCCACCCCCUACAGCGUGUGGCUCCGGGCUAUGUGGGGCGAGAGCCUCACACCGCCUGUGUCCACCUCCUUCACCACUGGUGGACUUCCGAUCCCCUUCCCUCGGGACUGUGGGGAGGAGAUGCAGAACGGAGCCCGCACCUCAAGGGCCACCACCAUCUUCCUCAAUGGCAACCGCGAGCGGCCCCUGGACGUGUUUUGUGACAUGGAGACCGAUGGGGGCGGCUGGCUGGUGUUCCAGCGCCGCAUGGACGGACAAACGGACUUCUGGAGGGACUGGGAGGACUACGCCCACGGCUUUGGCAACAUCUCCGGGGAGUUCUGGCUGGGCAACGAGGCCCUGCACAGCCUGACAGACGCGGGCGACUACUGCAUGCGCGUGGACCUGCGGGCCGGGGACGAGGCCGUGUUCGCGCAGUACGACUCCUUCCGGGUCGACUCGGCGGCCCAGUACUACCGCCUUCAUUUGGACGGCUACCACGGCACGGCAGGCGACUCCAUGAGCUACCACAGUGGCAGUGUCUUUUCUGCCCGGGAUCGAGACCCCAACAACCUGCUCAUCUCCUGCGCUGUGUCGUACCACGGGGCCUGGUGGUACAAGAACUGCCACUACGCCAACCUCAACGGGCUCUACGGGAGCACAGUGGACCACCAGGGGCUGAGCUGGUACUACUGGAAGGGCUUCGAGUUCUCUGUGCCCUUCACGGAAAUGAAGCUGAGGCCAAGAAGCUACCGGCCCCCAGCGGCCCAGGGAGGCUGA